GCCUCUGCGUAUGCGCAUGACUUUUGACAGGUACCUAUGUACCAUUCUAGAGGUUAUAAGUAUAAGAAUAAGUGUUUUUACUUUUUUCUCUCCAUGACUUGGGAUAUAAGUUUAUUUUGACAGUUUUCUGCAAAAAGAUAUUAGCUGGGAAUAGAAAACAGCUUCCAUUUUAGUUCCUAUUACCUCCACUAGGGUUCGGUAGCAUCAUUUUUCCAAGUAGAACUCGCAACAACAAAGUGCUAGAACGUCAACGCCAUAGAACAUUGUUUGGGGCGUAGGUACUAGAAUUAUUCUCCGUUCGCUUGUCAAAAGAAAACGCAAAUUGAAAGAAAAAGUACCUCUUAACUGUUCGAAAAUGUCGACUGGACACAGAGAAGCGAUUCAAAAGCAGAUACAACAAGAUUGGGCAAAUCGAGAGUACAUUGAAGUUAUCACGGGCAGUAUUAAAAAAAUCACUGAUUUUCUUAAUUCUUUUGAUAUGUCUUGUAGAUCCCGAUUAGCUGUUCUAAACGAAAAGCUGACCACAUUGGAACGAAGAAUUGAAUAUUUAGAAGCAUGCGUUACAAAAGGCGAAACACUUACAUAGAUAAUGAGUUUGCCGACGAGUAUGUUCUAUUUAUUCUACGCUUUUUUACUUGAUUCAUUGUACAUAACCAUAGGUUUCAAUAACUAAUUAAAUUCAAAUAAAUAAUAAAUGUUAUGAAUCUAA